ACGAAAGAUUCAGCUCUCUUACCAUUCCUCCAAACUAUAGGAAGAGCUGCAGGUAAGUAGAAUAAAUGGCUGUAAUUGAAUCGUUGUCGUUUUGCCGAAUUAAAUUUUUAACAAAGGAACGUUUCUAAACAAAAUUGCUUAUCUUAUCUGAUGACCAACUCGUUCUGCACUACUGACGAAUCAUGGAACUUAUAUUUUUUCUUCCAGUAUGUCCCGACUUGCAGAUUCGUCGACGACCAUCGAUACCGUCGGGAAGAAACAACAUCCUGUCUUUUGGUUUCCUGAUGGAUUGACGAUCUUGGGCCUUGAAGAUCAUCUGUUCCGCGUACAUACGACUGUACUUUGUCGACACUCCAUUUAUUUCUCAGAUAUCUUCGAGAAUGCGUCGGUUGUUGGUAAACAAAGGGAAUUGAGUGCUGGUUUAGAUGGAUGCAACUUCCUAGACUUGAACUCUCGACAGGUAUCGGUUGUCGAUCUAGUUUCGUUGCUGGAGCAUCUGUACCACGAUGUAUCAUUGCUAUCAUCUACCGAUUUCUCUCGCAUUGGCUCUCUUUUACGCAUCACGAGCAAAGAGCAGCUCGAUUUCCCUGCGUUUCAUGAACUGGCUCGACAUAAACUCAGUACACUGUUUCCGGAGGGACCUGUCCCAUACUUUAAUUGCGAUUAUUCGGGGGAGGCCUUGGAUUUAGCAACAAGGUAUCAAUUGGAGCCUCUCUUCAAGCGACUAUUCUAUACUGUGGUAACCACAGCCCAAUUUCACGAGGUAAAUGACAACGACGCUCAUCCAAACGGCAUGGCGGAAACACCCAUUCAAAUCACAAUAUCCACUGAAAACGGCCGGCGCUGUGAAGAACUCAUGGCCAACCUAAUCAACCAUUUUACGCCUAUUCUUUUCACUCCUCCAGCCACUUCACAUAUGGCUUGCACCGAUGUAUUUGCAGAUAAAUGGAUGCCGUUGGUCAUCCAGCCUGCACUGGAAGAUGAUGGUGUUUACAAGCCUUUAGAGUCGCUUGAGCGGAUAAAGCUCAUAGAUUGGAGGAAAGAAGGCCUCUGUGCUUCUUGCGUCGAGGACAAGAAAGUUGAGUGGACGGAGGAGCAAGAAACUGUAUGGAAUUUGAUAGACGGAUGGCUUGGUUUGAGUGGUAAAAUGUAGGAAAAUUGUGUACGAAAGAAAAGUGUAUUUGAUCCGGCCCGUCAAUUCCGUCCGUUUGCC